UUGUAUAAAUUUGACUUUACUAGGUAGAAUUCUGCUAGAAUCAAGUGUUAACGUUUUGUAAAUGUGAUGCUUAGCGACACGGAUUCCAAUUGUGACAUUUAAUCGAAAUAUUUAUGUGUUCUUAUAAUUAUUUUUUACUUAGUUCCUCGGCUAAAUAGAUAUUAUAAAUGUCAAAGUUCGUAGGUCAGAAUUAAAAAUUGCAAUGGGACAAAGUCGAUCACCAUCUCCACGUAGGAGACGGGAUCGCUCUCUAGAACGAGAAAGAGACAGACGAAGAAGACGAUCUCGAGAAAGAAGAAGACGGUCAUUGGAUCGAGACAGAGUAAAAUCCAGAGAUCGUGACAGAGAACGUGAACGAGACCGUGACCGGCACAGAAGAUCUUACAGCAGAUCCCGUUCAAGAGAUCGAGAUCGACCAAAGCCUAAAUCAAAACCACCUACUGCAGAACGACCAAUUAUCACAGAGGCCGAUUUACAAGGUAAAACACCAGAAGAACAGGAGAUGAUGAGAAUGAUGGGCUUUUGUGGUUUUGAUACCACUAAAGGAAAGAAAGUCGAUGGAAAUGAUGUAGGUGCAGUCCAUGUUAUUCUAAAAAGGAAGUACAGGCAAUACAUGAACAGAAAAGGAGGUUUCAACAGACCACUAGACUUCGUCGCUUAGAUGAAUAUUUUUUCAUGAAGGAGUGAAUAACUAUAGUCAAUCAGAACUGUAAAAUGUGAAUGUAAGAUAUGUAAGGACUACUGUUGACAAUGAGUGAAUCACGUGCUUGAUCAACACCGCGGAUAUACACGCGGUAAAGUUAAUAGAAAUUGUGUUCAUACAAUACUGUAUAAGUAUUCGCUCUGAAAAUAUGACAUAAUAUUGCAAUAAAAAUAAGUAGCGGAA